GCGUGUUUGAAUACACACAUUCGACUCGAUUUCAGACCAAUCCAAACCCAUCACCGUCCACCUACUCUCUUCCACUCCAAAAACUCAUUCUCCCUCUUCAUUGACACCUAUAUAUACACACACACAAAUAUACAUACACAUUUACAUUCCCAAGUCGCAACAACUAAUUUGAUCAACAACAAAAAUAAUAGAUUACUUCAACAAUGGCUGCUGCUUCAGCUUCUUUGCAAACAAUCUCAUCAUCUUUGAGGAUAUCACGUACCAGCCGAACCACCGCCGCCGCCGGAUCUCCGUCACUACUUUCAUUCAAGAGCUCUGUUAGCCCAGUUUUCUCUCAGAAGCUGACCACUACUAUGAAGAGCUCUGGCAGCCAAAGAUCGUUGACUGUUAAAAGUCAAGCCACAUCACCAGAUUCUUCAACACCGAGUAAAGUUCAACAACUGUGUGUGUAUGAGAUCAAUGAAAGAGACCGUGGCAGUCCAGCGUAUCUCCGGUUGGGUCAAAAACCUGUUAAUUCACUUGGCGAUCUUGUUCCCUUCACCAACAAAGUCUACAGUGCGGAUCUUGAAAAAAGACUAGGGAUCACAGCCGGAAUAUGUAUUCUGAUCAAAAACAUGCCGGAAGUAAAAGGUGACAGAUACGAAGCUAUCUACAGCUUUCACUUAGGCGAUUACGGGCAGAUAGCCGUACAAGGUGCUUACAUCACAACUGAAGACACUUACCUGACUGUCACCGGCGGCACCGGGAUCUUCGCCGGAGCAUAUGGUCAAGUCAAGCUUCAGCAGCUAGUCUUUCCCUUUAAGUUGUUCUAUACUUUUUACUUGCAAGGCUUGUCUGCUGACUUGCCGUCGGAGUUGCUGGUGACUCCGGUACCACCUUCUCCGGCGGUGGAAGCGUCACCGGCGGCUAAGGCAGCUGAGGCUGGUGCUACUGGUCCUAAUUAUUCUGAUUAGUAAAGUAAUAUAAAUGGUCAUGGGCCAUGGGCAUUGACGGAUGGGCCACUAAAAUAUAAACUUUUUUAGUGGGUUGAGAUGGUGAUUAAGAGUUGUACGUUUAGCUUUAUUGUUUGUAAUUGAAGGUGAGAAAUGGGCAUGAGAUGAGUUCCUUUUUCUAUGUUCAUUCAUGUUGUAUUAGAUUUUGAUAUUAAGGUCAUAAAUAAAUUAUGGAAAUAUUUGUUGGAUUGA